UCUCCCAGCUCCGAUCGAUCCACGAGCCACCUCCCCGUUCCAACACGCACCAUGUCGCUGCGCAGUCGCCGAGCCCAACACCCGACGGGGACUUUGGAGCUUCCGCAACUCGACCGCUUCCACGACCGCGCCGAGCGAGCGCUAUCCCGAACCAUCGCUGCGUACGCGGAGCUGGACGGCUCCAGCGUCGACACCUUCCGGUGGAAGAGUCUUCGAGCUCGUCACGGCGUUCGACUCUUUCGUGGCCGUCACUUGACCUCCAAGGGGAAAACCCCGCUGCUCUGUGUCGGUACACUUCGUGGUCGCUUCGACGACGUCCUGGACGGCCUGUACUGCGACAACACCGAGGAGCUGCUGCUCACGAACGCCGUCAAGUGUCCGCGACUGGCCGAGAGCGCCGUGCUGUACGCGGUUCAGAAGAAGACGCCGUUGGAGCCCUACGCCUUCACGGGCAUCAAGUGUGCCAAGCUCAAGCUAUCGGUUGCAAGCACUCGAGACUUGUGCUACUUCGACAAGAUGGGGCUGGUGCGGCAGAAGUCGGGGAGGCGGACAGCUUACCACGUCAUGCAGUCGGUGGAUCUGCCUCAGAGGACCAGCCACAAGCGGGUGCAGAUGUCGGUUUGCUAUGUGUUGGAGGAGCUGGAGGAUGACUUGGUGGGCGUCUACAUGCAGGGCGAGAUGGACCACGCUGCGCUGUGCUACUCCGCCGCGGUGGCAGUGUCCGAGGUUCUACUAUCGAUCGCCAAUGUACUGGAGUGCGCGCGCGCCAAGAAGCUCGCGCACAUAAUGUCAGCUUCGACGAACCGGCCAAGAUCCUCCUCGUCACGGAGGGACUGCUACAUCUGCAAAGGCAGCGCGUAUUUCUUUGAGAGCUUGGCCGACUGUGCCGGCUGCCGCAAACACGUGUGCAAGAAGUGCCGGUUCAGGGAGCAUGUGCUCGUCCGUGACGCGAGCUCGAGCUCGCAGCUUACGCGCGCUGAGUUUUGCCGCGUGUGCAUCGCCAAGGUGAGUGUGUCUUCUCUCAAUGAGAUCCGCGGUGAAGCAGAUGGAUACAGCAAUGAGGAGGAGCUGGGAACUGCAGUGCAGACAAGGAGGACCGCCGCGUUCUGCAGCAUUGACGAGGAGACGGAGGACGUCAAGGUGGACAUUCAGGGCAGCGCUCGCUCGCUCAGCUCCUUCGUGCGCAAGAUCUCGGCGCAGAUGCAGGAGCUGAGCACGCGCGGCGACUACCGAGCGUCCAGCUUGUCGUCUAUGGGGAAGGCGUUUGAGGACGACUCGGACUUGGAGCGCGAAAGCCAAGACGUGCUCAACUGUAGCCGCCUCAAGAGCGGCCAGUUCGUCGUGCUGGACAAGGGCCUGAUCGACAUGUCGGGCCGCAGCCCGUGCUCCACGACCUCGACGGCUUCGUCCUUCGAGUACGAAGACCCGGAGCAGCGCCACUCGGCGUUGUACGCCAAGCUCCAGCAGGUGGCCAACCAGGCCGAGGAGACCUGGGCGUUGGCCCGAGAACACUCCCUCAUCGCCCACUCUGUCCGCGCGCGCAGUCGGCGGAACACACAGACGGACUGCUCUGGUUACACGAGUCAGUAG